UCUAUGACUCGAUGUUUAUUAUUCUCUUGGAAUGGCUGCUGAUGUAAAAGUCGUGGUUUAUAUCAGUGGUCCACCACCAUAUUUGUUAUGUCCAUUAUGCCAAAACGUGCUCAGAGACCCAGUGAUUAGUGUGAGAUGCGGCCACACAUUCUGUAGGGAUUGUGCGGUCAGUGCCAAUGAACUGAAGUGCCCAUUAGAUGGUCUCUCUUUUGAUCCUCAAACGCUUGUCGUAAACAAGGCUGUGGUCAGUCAGACUGAUGAGCUUCUCAUCUAUUGUCAGUAUGGGUUGAAGUUGUUAGGUGAUGGAAAGUAUGUCCGGGAUGAAGCUGGAUGCCAAGAGAAGAUACCCAUUGGUAAACGAGAUGAACAUGAGCUCAACUGCACUUUCAUUCCUACCUUCUGCCCAAACAGUAAAGACUGUGGCCAGUUCUCUCAAAUCAAAUUAGAGGCUCAUCUUCAAACCUGUAGUCACUAUCACUGCCCGUACAGAGAGCGAGGAUGUGACUUUGAGGGUUACAGGAAAUCUUUGCAGGAGCACACUGCAAUUUGUGGGUAUCGGCAACUGCAUAGGAACUCUGGAUCUUUCUGUAGUGAAGAAGGCAGCACUUCACUGGACCAGGUGCAGGUGUUGAAACAAGAAAACCGCCACCUGAAGGAGUGUGUUCAAAAGCUGACACAGAGAGUGACUCAGUUAGAAAUAGACGGCAGCCAGAUGAAAACCCAAUUUGAGCAAUGUCUUGGUUCCUUAUCUACCCUUCAGGAGCGAUUUGAGGAGCUUCAGGCAAAUGCUCCUCGUUCAAGACCCUUAUCAGCUGCUGGGUCAGCAGGGUUGGUGACAUCUCCAGGUUCAGCAGAAGCAAGGGGUCGAGCUGUGGUUCGUCUUCCUAGAUCUUCUUCCAGUACCAGCCCCAACGGCUUUGAAAAUUGGAAAACACCUCUCCUGUUCAAGUGUUUUGGAACAUUCCGUGGCCACCAUGGGUUUGUCAAUACUUUGUCUGUUUGGAACAAUAAGCUGAUCAGUGGUGGGUCAGAUAAGAUGUUGAAGCUAUGGGAUCUAGACAACUUGACCAAGGGCUGCCUUCUGACAGUUGGGGGACAUGUUGAUGCAAUACACUGUACAGCAGUGAAAGAUAAAUACCUGUAUUCAGCUGGUGCUGAUUUUACAAUUCGUGCCUGGAAGCUGGGGACUCUUGAGGAACACUGCAUUGCUCAGAAUGCCCAUGAUAACAUAAUCCGUGCCUUGGUUUGUUGUGGAGAUUUCUUGUUUUCAUCAUCCUUCUCAACUAUUAAGGUCUGGGACCCUAACACAUUGAAGCAAGUUCAUUCAAUAGAUGGUCUGAACCACUGGGUGAGGUGUCUUGCUAUCAAUAAAACGAAGGAGAAACUUUACAGUGGAUCUCAUAAUACCAUUGAGAUAUGGGAUGCGACAGGAAAGUUCAACCUCCGUGGGAAAUUGGACCACACUUUCGGUUCUAUUCACUCAUUAGAAUUGACAAGUCAGUACAUUCUUGCAGGGACGUAUAAUCGUAACGUUCAAGUCUUCAGCAUAAGCUCUCACCAGCACAUCCAUGAGUUGAUGGGUCAUGUUGGUGCAGUGACACGCCUACUUGCCUCCCCUUCAGGCACGUUCCUGUUUUCUGGAUCCGCUGAUUCAAGAAUCCAGGUGUGGAACCUUGAGAACAUGCUGUCCAUCCACAGUCUCGCUCGGCAUGAAGGGGGUGUGAAUGCUCUUGCACUCAAUGGGGACACACUGUUGUCAGGGUCGGAGGACAUGGAAAUAAAGGUGUACAGAUAUCACAAGAUCGAUACAGUCAGAUGAAUGCUGUUAAGACAACAACAUAAACAUAAUUGUCAGGUUUACAUCAACUGAUGGAAACGAGCUGAAAGAAAAGAUAAGAAGACAUUUGAGCAAAUGUCAAAUUGAUGCCUUUUAAGGGGAGGGGGGCAUAUGGUUGGUCCUGAUACUCAAAAGGCAUACUUGUUCAGGGAGAUCUCAAAACCAUGAUCUCGGAAAUGUCUUGCCGAUGGUAAUAAUUUUGAUGGAGAGGGAUUUUCAUUAAAAUCUAAUGGUUAUCACAAAAUUCCACCAAGGGGUUCAUGCGUAUAGACUGGACAAAUAUUAUAUUUGGGGUCACAGAUGAUUUGUCAUUCGAUGUCAUCUCGCAUAAAAUUAGAGCGUAAAGCAUGCUUGAGAGAGAAUAUUGUUUUUAUCAGUAAGUGUGGUUACUGGUGCUAUGUACACAAUCAUGUACAUAUUAUACUGCUCUAUCUUGCUACGAAAUCAUCAGAGUGUUCAUCUGAAGUCAUUUGCUUUAAAAACUAUGCCCAUAUUGACUUUUUGUACUUUACUAGAACUGUAGUCAAGUACUGUAAUUGUGAAUCAAAGUACUGUGAUUUUAGUAAGCUCAUCAUUUUAAGUAUGGAAUGUAGAUUUAAUUUUUUAGUACAUGAAUAAAUACUUUUAGAACAUCUAUAA